UUAACAAAUGGAUAUGUUGUGGUGUAGUUAUGGUUUAUUGAACUUUUUUUCAUUAAAAAGUUAAUAUAUAUACAAAUUGAGAGUUAAACAUUUAAAUGAAUUAUAAUAUAUUAAUUAAUUUAUAACGUUUUUUGUAAGUGAUUUUGGAUAAAAGGUUGACACAAUUUGAAAGUAAUUGAACCCAAAACCGUGUAAAUUUUUGUAUUGAUUUUGACAAAAACAGUGUGAACGUAUCUCAAAUAAAGUAAAUUAUGUUCUCAAAAGGCCAGUUUACAAAUUAUCUUGAAAACGAUAAAGGAAUUUUGGAAAAAUGAAAUUGUUAUUAACCGCUCUAAUGUAACAUAACCUCAACGAUGUGUUUAUAAAUAAAGGUGUUAUUAAUUAUAAGAAAAAUAGUAUGACUAUUUAAUUGUUAUUAUAACAAUUAGAAAAUAUGUCCAGUUCUAUAAUGCAACAGUUCUUGUCGGGAUUGAAAUCCCGACAUCCAGAAGUAAGACUUAAGACAGCCCAGGAGCUUUCAAGUUUCUUAAAGAGUGAACUUCGAGAAGCAACUUCUGAUGAAAUAAACAGCUUUGUUGACAAAUUAAAUCAUCACAUUUUUGAAUUGGUAUCUGGUAAUGAUGCCAAUGAGAAAAAGGGAGGAAUUUUAGCUAUAGGGUGUCUUAUUAAUGCUGAUAUUGGUAAUUUAACAACACGAACUUCAAGGUUUGCAAAUUACUUAAGAACACUGUUUCCUUCAAAUGACAUUGAAGUAAUGGAAUUGGCUGCGGAAACUAUGGGAAAAUUGGCCUAUGUCUCUGGUUCAAAUGCUUCAGAAUACGUUGAGUUUGAAGUCAAACGAGCAUUUGAAUGGCUUAAUGGCGACAGAGUUGAAGGCAAAAGGCAUGCAGCAGUUUUAAUUUUAAGAGAACUUGCUUUCAUGAUGCCCACGUAUUUUUAUCAGCAAGUGUCGCAGUUUUUUGAGUGUAUUUUUUAUGCUUUAAAAGAUCCUAAGUCAAAAAUACGAGAAACUGCAGCAGAGGCACUUAGAGAAGCAUUGAUUGUGACAGCACAAAGAGAAUCUGCCAAACAGACUUCAAAGCCACAAUGGUACAAACAAUGCUACGAUGAAACAGUUGAAUUGCUAAAAGUGGAUCGAUAUGAUAAAUCAAAAGACGAUCGAAUCCACGGCGCACUACUGGUCUUAAAUGAACUUGUUCGUUGUUCUAACUCCGAAUGGGAACACAAAUAUACCGCCUUGAUGGAAAGUACCGAUAUUAACUUCAGUUCCGGCGAAUAUUUUUCCAAUAUGAACUUGCAGCAUUGUUACAACAAAAAAUCAGCAAGUUUCGUCCACUUUCCCAGCAGUGCUCUUCACACUCCGAUCAACGAGUCGUCCGUCUGUCGACAACUUGUUUUCGAAAAUUACGAUUACAUUUGUCUCGAUGUUACGGCACAGAGCAGUUCUAGAUCUCCUCAUAUUCAAAAAAUUCUGCUCAUAAUAUUGCCCCGUUUGGCCGCAUUUAAUCCCCGUAGAUUUGCGGACAAGCAUCUCCCUGUUACAAUGAACUAUCUUUUGAACACCCUUAAAGGAAGGGAAAAAGAGAGAUCUUCAGCUUUCGUUACCAUAGGCCUGAUUGCCGUUGCAUUAGAAGAUUAUAUAAAGCCCUACGUUGACAAGAUCAUGGAAGUCAUCAAAAUGUCGUUGCCAAGUAGAGAUACGCCCACAAAGAAACGGAAUGUAAUCGAUUCUAGCAUCUUUAGAUGUAUUACCUUCUUGAGUCAUGCAGUUAAGAACCACAUUCAUGCUGAUAUCCAAAAUGUCUUGGACCAAAUGUUGUCCACGGGUCUCACGCCAGCAUUAACAAUUUGUUUGCGUGAGCUGGCCAAAAACAUUCCCGCCUUAAAGCAGCCAAUAUCCAAAGGACUGUUGCAAAUGUUAUCCCAGAUACUAACGAAUAAGCCGUUACAUCAUCCGGGAAUGCCAAGGUACCUAGCCAGUAACGUGCUUCCUUUUGGGCACAUCCCGGAAAUGACGGACACCAGUGGUAUCGUUCUCGCUCUUCACACACUUGGAACGUUCGAUUUCGAGGGUCAUAGCCUGUUGCAAUUCGUACAGAGAUUAGCCGACCAUUUUUUGGCCCACGAACAAAGAGAAAUAAGACUAGAAGCGGUGAGGACGUGCUGUAGAAUUUUAAAGCACGCUUUGAUUAAAACUUCGUCUCAUCAUUCGGAAAAGGUAACUAAUACGGUUGCAGAAGUCCUAAAUAAGCUCCUUAUAGUCGGAUUGACUGAUACUGAGAAAGAAGUUCGUUUCUGGGUGUUGUCUUCUUUGGAUGCCACCUUUGACCAUCAUUUAGCUCAGGCAGAAUCUCUAAGCGCCCUGUUUAUUUCUUUAAACGAUGAAGAGUUUGAGAUUCGAGAGGUGGCGAUGUGUAUAAUUGGACGACUAAGUACUAUGAACCCGGCAUACGUGAUGCCGUCUUUAAGGAAAAUGCUUCUUCAGUUUAUUACUGAACUCGAGCAUUCUGGUACCGGAAGGAAUAAAGAACAAAGCGCUCGUAUGUUGGACCGACUGAUUGUGAACGCUCCUAGAUUAAUACGACCUUAUUUGAAACCGGUGUUGCAAGUGCUCGUUCCAAAAUUACGAGAUCCUGAACCGUAUCCUGGAGUUGUCCUUUCCGUUUUACACGCCAUUGGCAAUUUAGCAGAAGCCACUGGUGGAGACACCGAAUUGCAACACUGGAUGCCAGAAUUAUUAACUAUUCUUUUGGAAAUGUUGGGAGACGCUUCUGCAAGUGAAAAGCGCGCUGUUGCUCUUAUUACACUCGGACAGUUGGUUGGAGCUACUGGUCAUGUAAUCAAACCGUAUAAUCAGCACCCUACAUUGCUUGAUGUGCUUAUAAACUUCCUAAAGACAGAACAGAACUCUGUAAUACGGCGGGAAACGAUUCGGGUGUUGGGUUUGUUGGGUGCCUUGGAUCCUUACCGUCAUAAAAUCAUUAGAGGUCAGAUAGAUUAUCUUCCAGAAGCCCCUGUAUUGAUAGCAAUUGCUGACAAAGAAGAAGAAAACAACACGGAUCUAAGCACGAGUGAGAUGCUGGUAAAUAUGAGUUCUGGUACUUUGGAAGAGUAUUAUCCUGCUAUAGUGAUUGCAACACUUAUGAAGAUCAUUAGAGAUCCAACUUUAUCUCAACAUCACACAAUGGUCGUCCAGGCUGUGCAUUUCAUAUUUAAAAGUUUGGGAAUCAAAUGUGUGCCAUACAUUUCACAGGUGCUUCCCAGUAUCCUAAAUGUUAUCAAAAGCGCGGACGUGAGUUUCAGAGAAUUUCUUUUUCAACAAUUGGCAUAUUUGAUCGCCAUCGUUAAGCAACAUAUUGGCAAUUAUCUGGACGACAUUGUGAAUUUGAUAAAUUAUUUUUGGACUCUGAACAGCCCCAUCCAAACAACUUUAAUUAAUCUGAUCGAACACAUUGCAGUUGCUUUGGGGUCAGGAUUCAGAAUUUAUCUGCCAAGAUUGAUUCCUCGUAUACUUCGCGUUCUAAAUCACGACACAUCCAAAGAACGUGUAGUGACAGUGAAAUUGUUGGAUGCGCUAAAAAAGUUUGGAAACAAUUUAGACGAUUACAUGCAUGUUAUUUUGCCGCCGAUUGUAAAAUUAUUUGACGCAGAGGAUUGCCCGACAAACACGUCGAAACACGCUUUGGAAACAAUAGAUUAUUUGGCAGAUAUAUUGGACUUUAGCGAUCUUAUAUCUCGUAUUAUCCAUCCUUUAGUUCGUACGUUGGAUAAUUGUCCAGAAUUACGUCCAGCAGCUAUGGAGACUUUGUGUUCGUUGGUUAUUCAACUAGGAAAAAAGUUUAACAUAUUUGUGCCCCUUGUAAAUAAAGUCAUAACGAAGCAUAAAAUACAGCACACGACGUAUGAGAUGCUGAUAGCGAAAAUUUCAAGCGAAACCACAUUAGCGGAAGAUGCUGAUUUCCCACUUACGAGGCCUAGAUCACGUAAUAAAAACAAGGAAAUAAAUUUGGGUACAUCUGACAAUGUUGUAAUUCAACGACUGAAGGUGUCACCCUCCAAUCUUCAACAAGCCUGGACUCCGAAUAGAAGGGUUUCUAAAGACGAUUGGCUAGAAUGGUUGCAGAGGCUAAGCAUCGAGUUGCUGAAGCAGUCUCCUAUACCAGCUCUACGUGCUUGCUUGUCUUUAGCACAAAGCUAUCCACAGUUACCCAAGGACUUAUUUAAUGUCGCUUUCGUAAGUUGUUGGACAGAAUUAAAUGAAGGAAUGCAAAAACAACUUAUAAGCAGCUUGCAAAAAGCUUUGAUGUUGCCAGACUUGCCGGAGAUAACGCAGACUAUAUUAAAUUUGGCAGAAUUCAUGGAGCAUUGUGACAAAGGGCCUUUGCCUCUAGAUCCUCAUUUAUUGGGAGACAGAGCAAUGUAUUGCAGAGCGUAUGCAAAAGCGCUUCAUUAUAUUGAAGAAGAAUUCCAAAGGGAAGCUUCUAGUCAAGUUGUAGAAUCACUUAUAAUGGUUAACAAUAAGUUGCAGCAGAAAGAAGCUGCUGAAGGUUUAUUGCAAUUUGUUAUGCAUCGUAAUUCUGACAUACAGGUCCAAGUGCGGUGGUACGAAAAGCUUCACAAUUGGGACAAAGCCUUAAAUUUGUACAAAGAGGUAUUAGAAACUAACGAAAACGAAGAAGAAUCUAUUGUAGGACAAAUGAGAUGCCUUGAAGCACUAGGUGAAUGGGACGUUCUACACAACAUGGUAGAAACUAAAUUUACCGGUUUGUCAGAAGAUAAUAAACAAAAGGCAGGUAGGCUGGCAGCAGCAUCUUCCUGGGGCUUAUAUGACUGGGAAUCUAUGGAAAAAUACGUUAAUGUUAUUCCAAAGGAAUCUCAAGAUGGUGCCUUCUACAGAGCAAUUCUUGCAAUUCAUAAAGAAAACUACGAAGAGGCUCAGAAAUAUAUCGACACAACGAGGGAUCUUUUAGAUACGGAACUUACGGCAAUGGCCGGUGAAUCAUACCAGAGGGCUUAUGGAGCCAUGGUAGUAGUACAAAUGCUGGCAGAAAUGGAAGAAGUGAUACAAUACAAACUGGUACCUGAACGACGACUAACUCUUAGGACUAUGUGGUGGCAAAGAUUGCAAUCGGGACAACGGUUGGCUGAAGAUUGGCAAAAAAUUAUUCAAGUGCAUUCAUUGGUUCUCAGUCCUUAUGAAGAUAUUCACACGUGGUUGAAGUAUGCUUCAUUGUGCAGGAAAAGCGGAUCAUUGAUGCUGUCACAUAAAACAUUGGUAAUGCUGAUGGGCUAUGAUCCCAGUUUACAGCCAGAUCAACCGUUACCCUGCCAGCAACCACAAGUGACUUUUGCUUUCUGCAAACAUCUGUGGAUGGCCGGGAAGAAACAAGAAGCUCACAGACAACUGUCUAAUUUUCUGAGGGAUUACACACAAUUGACCGUCUCAGAUGACUUGGAUGACGAGAAAAAAAGACUUUUAGCAAGAAGCUACCUAAAAUUAGGGGAGUGGCAGGAAUCUUUAGAGGGCAUUAAAGACCAAUCAAUUCCUGUAAUUUUGAAAUGUUACCAGCAAGCAACUGAGCACGAUCCUCACUGGUACAAAGCUUGGCAUUCUUGGGCAUUUAUGAACUACGAAACUGUAUUGUUUUAUAAAAACGAAAAUUCUAAUAAGAACAAUUCACCUGUUGCAAAAGGAGAAAAUCAAAACGAAAUAAUUCAAUACACCGUCUUAGCAGUUCAAGGAUUUUUCAAGUCAAUUAACCUUUCAAAAGGAAGUUCGUUGCAAGACACUCUACGUCUUCUAACGUUAUGGUUCGAUUAUGGACAGUGGCCGGAAGUAUACGAAGCAAUCGCCGAAGGGAUCCGAAUAAUUGAGAAAAAUACUUGGCUGCAAGUAAUCCCACAACUCAUCGCGCGUAUUGACACUCCAAAAAUAUUGGUAUCACGUUUAAUUCAUCAUCUUUUAAUUGAUAUUGGAAAGGCUUAUCCUCAAGCUUUGAUAUAUCCGUUGACCGUGGCAUCUAAAAGUGCGUCAAUAAUGCGUCGCAAUAAUGCAAAUAAAAUAUUAAAAUCGAUGAGCGAAAACUCGCCAACUUUAGUCAAUCAAGCGAUUAUGGUUUCGGAGGAAUUGGUAAGGGUAGCUAUUCUGUGGCAUGAGAUGUGGCACGAAGGACUAGAAGAGGCUUCGAGGCUCUUUUUUGGGGAACAGGAUAUCAAGGGCAUGUUUGAAGUCCUGGAACCAUUACAUGCUAUUAUGGAAAAGGGACCUCAAACACUUAAAGAAACCAGUUUCAAUCAAGUCUAUGGAAGAGAUCUUAUGGAAGCCCAAGAAUGGUGUCAGCGAUAUAAGGUUUCGAAAAAUAUUCAAGAUUUGAACCAAGCUUGGGAAUUGUAUUACCAUGUAUUCCGAAGAAUUUCCAGGCAACUUCCUCAACUCACGUCGUUGGAGCUCCAGUAUGUCUCUCCAAAUUUGUUGAUUUGUAGGGAUCUGGAGUUGGCAGUUCCCGGUAGUUAUUGUCCAGGACAGCCCGUAGUCAGGAUCGCCUAUAUCCAGAGUGCACUUCAGGUAAUCACUUCAAAGCAACGACCAAGGAAACUUUUAAUAAGAGGAAGCAACGGUAAGGACUACAUGUUCCUUUUAAAAGGUCAUGAAGACUUACGACAGGACGAAAGAGUCAUGCAAUUAUUCGGACUGGUAAAUGCACUGCUUUUAAAAGAUCCGGAUACUUUAAGAAGAAACUUAACAAUUCAAAGAUACGCUGUGAUUCCAUUAAGUACAAAUUCGGGUUUAAUUGGUUGGGUGCCGCAUUGCGACACAUUGCACACACUGAUCAGGGAUUAUAGGGAGAAGAAGAAGAUUUUAUUGAACAUAGAACAUCGAAUAAUGUUAAGAAUGGCUCCAGAUUAUGACCAUUUGACAUUGAUGCAAAAAGUUGAAGUUUUCGAACACGCUCUCGAACACACACAUGGUGAUGAUUUAGCCAAGUUGUUGUGGUUAAAGAGCCCUUCUUCGGAAGUGUGGUUCGACAGGCGUACAAAUUACACUCGAUCGUUGGCUGUAAUGUCCAUGGUUGGGUAUAUUCUGGGUCUGGGAGAUCGUCAUCCAUCAAAUUUAAUGUUGGAUCGUAUGAGUGGCAAAAUUCUUCACAUUGAUUUCGGUGAUUGUUUCGAAGUGGCUAUGACGCGAGAGAAAUUCCCUGAAAAGAUCCCUUUCCGUUUGACCAGGAUGUUGAUAAACGCUAUGGAGGUUACAGGGAUAGAGGGGACGUACAGGAGAACAUGUGAAUCUGUGAUGUCUGUGUUGCAUAGAAACAAAGACAGUCUGAUGGCCGUUUUGGAAGCCUUCGUGUAUGACCCUUUGCUAAAUUGGAGACUGAUCAAUACUGGUCGAAACAAUAAAUCCAAUACUAACGAUGUAGGAUCUAUAUCGGGAGUUUCUUCGCAGGAACAAGAACUAGGCACUUUGAGUUUGAAUUUGUCAAGAAAGGGACAGCCGUCUCCCGAUUUUAUAGGGGACGGGUCCCAGUCAGAGGCUGUCAGUAAAAAAGCGUUGGCCAUAAUUACAAGAGUGAGGGAUAAACUGACGGGAAGAGACUUUCCACAAGAAGAAAAUGUCACGAUUCAGAGACAGGUCGAAUUGCUGAUUCAGCAGGCCACAAGUAACGAAAAUCUGUGUCAGUGCUAUAUAGGGUGGUGUCCAUUUUGGUAGACGUGAGUUAACAAGAGUAGAUUAAUUUUUAUUUUGCGUACAAAAAGAAAAUUCUUUCGAGUAAUAUGUUUAUAAAAAGUAGGGGGAGGUUUUAGAUUUUACUUAUCCUUUCCUAGUAUACGGGCAGGAGCAGUAACGCAGCUAAAAUUUAUGAAAGGGGGAGUUAAGUUAUAAAUGUUAAUUAUAUUAAAUAAAACAAUAAAUGUUGUAAAAUCUAACAACAUAAUAAUGCAUCUUUAUAUUUACUUUAAAAAAUUAAACGAAUGUGGCAGGGUUAUUGCUCUAUUUAUCUGUUUAUCUGCUUGUAUUUACGAUGAAGUUUGUUGAUUAUUACUCGAACUUCUCAUACUUCAAAAUAAUUUUAUAAAAACUUUAUAGUCGAUAAGUGGUGUUUGAACAACUUAAAGUUCUCCGUAGCUAAGCCACUGGACGAAACGGUCUAAAAUUAUUAAAAUUGUGUUAUCAAUAUGUUUGUAUAUACGAAAAUGUUCUUGAUGAGGUUAAUAUUUAAUAUUAAACAUUAAACUUUCUAUCCUCUACAUAUUAUCCCAAAUUUAAUAAGGGAAAAAUUGUUGGGAUAAUAUGUAGAGAGUAGAAGUUAAUUUCAUUUUAAUGUCCAAUAUUAAAAUUAUGUUUACGUAAUAUUUGAGUGGCCUCCAAAAGCCUUUCUGAGUUAUUUUUUUCGUUCUUCAUUUAAGAAAAAGGAGAAACAAUAAUUUUCAUUUUCCUUUUUGUGUUUUAAAAAAAUAUUUUAUUACAAUUUCGGUUUUUGUAUAUUAUGUACUUAUAAACUUUUCUUGUAAAUAAUGACCCCUAUAUAAUAUUUCUAAGCUCGAAAAGUCUGUUAAUUCUAUGUAUAAUUAAUAAAAUACGCGAAUUAAUUUACGAACAAUUUUUUUCUUUCCUUCUUUUUUAGUAAAACACAGAAUGUUAUUACACAAAACAAGGAAUUAAUUUAUUAAAAUAUUUGGGACGUUUAAAACACAUACGGCACAUUCCAUCACUAUUAGUUAUAUUAUAUAGUAGGAAUAUUUAUUAGAACCUUAAGAACUUUUAUUUGGAAAUACUAUUUGCACUUUGGAUAUUAUUUGUUUUGUGUUUUUUAAAUUUUCUGCCUUUCCAUGUUAUUGUAGAUUAACCAAUAGUAACGCAAUAUUGUAUGGUUAUUAUUAUUCAACUAUUACUAUCGUGAGUUCUAACCUGUAAAAUUGUAACCGAAAAUAUGAGGAAUAUUUUUAAAAUUUUGCGAUUUACAGCUUCAGAAUUCGGUAAAAUAUCAAAUGAAAAACACGUUCUUUUUGGGUUUAGUGCUGUGCGAGGUCUUUCAACAAUAAAUGAUAAACUAAUUACUCCAAACAAUACAAUCUUGACUCCUUUAAGCCCCAUAACUCAAGAAUGGAUCUGGAAGAAAAGGUACCCAAUAAAGCUACCUGUCAAUGUAAAUACACCAAGUUUAGAACUUCCAAAAGUAUCCAAUUUAGAUAUACCAUUGGAAAUGCCAUUUAGUACUGAUGACAAUAGGAGUAGCAUUGUAGAACCCCCAACGAACACUGAUGCUGUUAGAAAAGAAGCAGCCCGGUUAAUUGUUAUUAGGAGGAAAAAAAUGAGAAAGCAUAAACUCAGGAAACUUAGAAAGAAGAUGAAAUAUGUAUGGGCAAAGAUAAGGCAGAAGAGAGAGUUAGCCAAGGAGAAAGUGUUUCAAGCUGAACUUAUAGCCCAAUGUAAGAAAGCAGAAGCAUUUAAUGCACAUGAAUAUGUUGCAGAGAAGCUUAGCCUUGCUUGCGAAACUCCAGUAACCCAAAGGAAUCAUAUGGUUGAUUUCACUAAGGAAAGGCACUAGGUUUGUUUUAAAUUCAUUAUAAUAGUAAAUUAAACACUUUUAAGAGAACUGUUCAUAAAAACCUGCAAAUGAGUUUAAAAUGAAAUUAAAGCAUAUUAGUCACUA